UUCAGUAUACGAGAUGGUUUGAAAGAAAAGCAGCGAAUUCCUUUACUUGCCACUGGCAAAACUGGCACUCUGGCAAAACUGGCGCUCUGGCAAAACUGGCAAACUGGCGCUCUGGCAAAACUGACUAGCACUUUAGUAAACUGGCGCUCUGGCGAAACUGGCGCUCUGGCAUGGCAAAACUGGCGCUCUGGCAAACUGGCAAAACUGACUAGCACUUUAGUAAACUGGCGAAACUGGCGCCCUGGCAAAACUGGCGCUCUGGCAAAACUUGCGCUCUGGCAAAACUGGCGCUCUGGCAAAACUGGCGCUCUGGCAAAACUGGCAAACUGGCGCUCUGGCAAAACUGCCGGCGCUCUGGCAAAACUGGCGCUCUGGCAAACUGGCGCUCUGGCGAAACUGGCACUCUGGCGAAACUGGCACUCUGGCGAAACUGGCACUCUGGCAAAACUGGCACUCUGGCGAAACUGGCACUCUGGCGAAACUGGCACUCUGGCGAAACUGGCACUCUGGCAAAACUGGCGCUCUGGCAAAACUGGCGCUCUGGCAAAACUGGCGCUCUGGCAAAAAUGGCAAACUGGCGCUCUGGCGAAACUGGCACUCUGGCGAAACUGGCACUCUGGCAAAACUGGCGCUCUGGCAAAACUGGCGCUCUGGCAAAACUGGCGCUCUGGCAAACUGGCGCUCUGGCAAAACUGCCGGCUCUCUGGCAAACUGGCGCUCUGGCAGAUGGAUAAAAAGCCAAAAACGUACAUCAUUUUGGCGUAUGGCAUUCAGAGUCGUUAUAGAUGA